AUGUUCGCCGGCAAAUCUAAAACAGCCCUCGACACGGUUUCACGCAUGGAAGUCACCCUCCCCGAAGAGGUCUUCCAAACCAAGUCGCCGCCCAUGGCCGACUGCCUGGGGCAGUUUGUCCUGAUCCGCCUACACGUCCUGGUCCGCCUCGGCAUGGAGGAGGAACUCCAGCGUACAGCCCUGCCAGUAGAUCAAACCCUCUACGCAGCAACCACUGCGACGACGCACUACGCACGUGGAAUAGCAUUUGAUUAUAUUCCCUCAACAGAGCAUGUGAUGGGAAGCCUGCUGGACUAG